GCCAAAAACGAAGCCUCUAGAGAGCGAGAUCUCGUCUCGAAGACUAACAACGACCUUGUGAAGGCGAAUAAGAAAGAGAGAGAAAAUCUCUCCACGGAGAGGGCUAACCGCCUGAAGUCUAAUGAUACUCUUGAGAAGUUGACGCUCGACAUCGAAAAGGAGAGGGCCGGCUUCGAAAAGGAGAGGGCUGGCUUCGAAAAGGAGAGGGCUGGCUUCGAAAAGGAGAGGGCUGGCUUCGAAAAGGCUCGUAACGACAUGAUUGCGGACUUCAAAAAGAGAGAGGAAGCGUCACGAGGAGAUUUCGGUCGUCAGUUAGAUGCCGUAAGGGAGGAGAGGAACACCAUUUCCGCGGAGAAUGACAGCCUUUCGACUACCAACGGGAUUCUGACAGUGAGCCUCGCGUCUCUGAGAAACGACUAUUCAACCCGUUUGGCCACGGCAAGGCAGGAGACAGACACCGCAUCAAAGCGACUCCUUGAGGUGAAAGAGCGACUCGAGGCUCUACAAGGAGACUAUGCUCGGGAACACGAUGCCACCGAGCAGGCCAAAAGGGAGAGAGAUGCCUUCUGCAAGACUAACGCAGAGUCAACCGAGAAAGUCAUGGCCCUACAGGCAGAGCUCAUUGCCAAGAAUGAAAGCAUCUCACAGAAAGAAAUGGACAUCGCGAAGCUGUCCAAGGAGGCCAAGUCCAGCAAAGAGGCCUUUGCCAAGGUUCAAGGGGAGAACACUCAUCUCCGAGAACAACAUGCGAGCUUGGAGGAGACACAUCGGGUCACGACCGAUAAGUUGCAGCAGGCCCAAGCGCGCAACAAAAGGCUGAAAGAUUCGCUCAAGAAAAAGUUUCGGUUUGAGAAGGAGCAAAAGCAGAAAGCACUACUGGCUGAUGAUGGUGGCAAGCUGGCCAAAGCAGUAGCCCAUCCCGGCGGCCCUAUGACUACGCCAUCAGCAUCGAGACACCCGGCACGGACUCACGCGGAGAAUGCUGAGCUCGAGGUCCAUCAAGCCACCGCCGCUCCGCGAGAGGAGAAUGAGGGCAUGGAGGCAGGGCGGACGCAAGCUGAUCGGGCUAGGGCUGAUAUGGCCACGGAGGUGGAAGAGCAACGCCAGCGGGACAUUUCCAUGGUCUCAUGCUCGACUACUCUUGUCAGGGAUGGGACCUCCGGUCCUCCCGCUGCCAGUGCCGAGGGGUUUCGCAACGUUUUACCGUCACUGGCGAGGUUAUUCCCCUUGUCGGAACAGGUACAAUCCCAACAACAUAUUCCACCCCCAUUGCCAAGCCGACCUCCCCAGACAGGAUAUAUCGCUGUUAAUAUCAAUAAUACCAACAACCAGACCCUCGUCGUCGAAACUCCACAGCCAAGCACCUCUCUCACGUCAGGCUUUGGCUCGGUGUAUAGACCCAUCAUCCCGGCACCUUUCACACAAACUCCACAUCCGAGCAUACUGGGAAAGAGAAAAGCCGGCCCUGCUGAUGACUUGAACAAUCCGCCUUCUGCUCCAAAUUCCAAGCAAGGUCGAAGAAUUACUGGCAAUCCGCUCCCUGAGAAUCCUGUCGUUGUUGAACAGCGUGCGUAUCAGGAACGGAGCGACUAUCCUCACGGCAACUACCCGCAGGGUAAUUACUCGCAGGGCAACUUCCCUCAGGGUAACUACUCGCAGGGUAAUUACUCGCAGGGGAACUACUCGCAGGCCAGCUACCCGCAGGCGAGCUAUCCACAGCCCAGCUAUCCACAGGGCAGCUAUCCGCAGGGCAGCUACCCGCAGGGCGACUCUCCGCACGGCGCAUGUUCACAAGUCAACUGUUCCUGUACACAGGUUGAUUACUACCCUGCUAAUCAUCCCCCCAGCGACUAUUACCAGGCCGAAGCUUACCGGUAUGAGCAGCGUUUCUGA